AUGUGGAGGACCGAAGUUCGAUACCUGGUGCGGGCAUCCGAUGCGGAAAUCAUCUGCGGCAGGGAGGGAGGGGCAGCGCGCGCUGCUGCGCCUGGUCGCGCAAUGGUGGCGAGCGGGGCGCGCUGGCGACCGUCGCCGGGGCUGGCGGGCUGGCGCACGCGCUGGCGACCGUCGCCAGGGCUGGCGCACGCGUUGGCGACCGUCACCGGGGCUGGCGCACGCGCUGGCGGCCGUCGCCGGGGCUGGCGCACGUGCUAG